GUUCUCACAAAUCGACGGGCGCUGCUGUUGGGCUGCUCUAGAUGGACGAUGCGUUUGGUACACCGCAGCAAUACAAGAGAACUUCGUCUCGUCCAUGGUCUCGAGGCGAACAGAGAUAUUGAUCAGAUCUUUACCUUUUAGAGGGACAUAUUUACGCCAGGCGACAACCCAGACGGCCCACGCCAGAACUUGAGAAUGAUUGCUUGAACAGUCUGAGUACUUCGACGAGCAACAUGCGUCAACAAACGCCACCCGUCCUAGCUACGCGCAUCGGCCGCCAGACAAUGAUCCGUAUUCUUUUCAAGUCGCGACAAGCCAAUGGGAAAGCUCAAGAUAGGCAGGGGAUGGACUGCUUCAAUGUUGGCCGUAUCAGCGAGCAACUUUGUCAUGGCUAGGCGUCAGGUUAUGAUUGGGAAAGGCAACGUGCCUGUCGACUAUUCGUCUGGAUGGACAGCACUGGCAUGCGCACAAGAGAUAGGCAGCGGCCUUUUGGUCCGAUUCGUCCUUGCAGAACUCUUAGCGAAACGGCAAAGAACGAUCCUGGAGACGGCACGAGCCCGCGAGCGUGGAGAGGUCUUAUUUCAGACGGAAAUCGGACGUACCUGGCACACGAGACCGAAGGCAUAUGGUAGCCUCUGCGACAGAAGUUCAGACUCUGAGGAUUCACCCAUCGCAGUCCAGUAGUGCUGUCCACAGGACGAAGUGACAAAAUGAUUUUCUCCAUCUACCACGGCCGGAUGAUCAAUCUGCACCAUAGAUCGAAAUACGAA